AUGGCAGUCAUCAACCUGUCCCUUCCAUAGGCUCUGCACAGGACCAGCUGUUUCUUAUUGAGGCAUACUAAGGAAAGAAUAGCUGCUGCAAUUGUGACAACGUGGUUACAGCAAGGAGUGACCUUCAAAGAUGUGGCUGUGGAGUUCACCCAGGAGGAGUGGAUGAUGCUGGAAACUGUGCAGAAAAGUCUGUACAGAAAUGUGAUGUUGAAAAACUAUAGACAUUUCAUUUCAGUGGAAUAUCAAUUAUGCAAGCCUAUUGUGGUCUCACUGUUGGAUCAAGAAAAGAUAAGAACAGUGAAAAGGAGAAUUCCUCAAGGCAUCUGUCCAGACUGGAAGAUUCAACUCAAUACCAAAGAAUCAACUAAUAUUUUUGGGAAGGAACAAUCCAGUAGCAUAAAAAGGGAAAGAUUCACAAGGGAUGAUUGGUUCUCCACAUGAAGGAAUGAGUGGGAAGGCCAUAAGAUCAGAAAACACCACAAGAUUCUGGAAGGGCAUUUAAGGCAAGUGACAUAUACAAACACAGUAUCUCAGGAGAGAUUCUGUGACUAUCAUGAAUUAGAGGAAAACUCUAAAUUUAGUUUGAAACUUUUUUCAAAGAGAAUUUCUACUAGUAAUCAUUGCCAUAAAAAUUACUUUGAUACUGAAUAUUUGAAAUUUACUUCAGUCCUAAACAAUGAUGAAAAAGUCUCUGUAAGUGAGAAGCUCUGUGAAAGUAAUGAAUAUGAUAGAUCUCUGUGGAAUCUAGAAAAACCUCAAAAAGCACAGAAAGAGUACACAUAUUCCAAACAUGCCAUACACUUCAACAAUAACAAUAAGCUUCCUAUACAUAACAAUUUUUAUGUUGUAGAGAAUUCUUAUGCAUUUAAUGAAACAUUUUGUCAUCCUUCAUUUCAUAAGCAACAAAAGCAAGCUCAUACUGAAGAGAAGCAAGAAUGUAAUCAGUAUGGCAAAGUAUUUGAAAGGUUUUCUAAUCUCACUUUGCAUAACAAAAGUCACACAAGUGAGAAAGAAUAUGAAUGUAAAGAAUGUGGAAAAGUGUUCAGGGAUUCCUCAACCUUAAGGAGACAUUUAAGAACCCACACUGGAGAGAAACCUUAUUAAUGUAAUCAGUGUGGAAAAGCUUUCAGUCAAAACACAUCUCUUAAGGCUCAUGUGAGAAUUCACACUGGAGAGAAAGCUUACAAAUGCAGUCAAUGUGGAAAAUGGUUUGGCACGAGUUCUUACCUUUUAGUCCACAAGAGAAUACACACUGGGGAGAAACUGUAUAAAUGUAGUGACUGUGGAAAAGCCUUCAACACAAGCUCUCAUCUUAGGGGUCAUAAAAAAAUACACACUGGAGAGAAUCUUUAUGAAUGCAGUGACUGUGCGAAAGUUUUUAGUGGUCUCUCUUCCCUUAGAAUGCAGGUGAGAACUCACUGGAGAGAAACCUUAUAUGAAUGUAAGGAACAUAGGAAAGACUUCAACGUUUCCUCUUCCCUUAGGAGACAUGUGAGCUUCCACACUGGAGAGAAACCCUAUGAAUGUAUCCAAUGUGGAAAAACCUUUCAUCAGAGCUCUUCACUUAUACAAAAGAGAAUUUAUAGAAAGAAACUGUUACUGUUAAAAAUGUGA